UGGCAAAUUUUUCUUGACCGUUUUCUUGAGAGCUCCAUACAGGCCUUAAGGAUCUAAAGUUAUAGCAAAACCGUCUUAUAAAUCGCGGUUUUCGGAGUAGCUCAUUCAGUUUUUGCAAUAAUGAUUUUUUUUUUUCAUUUUGUAAGGUCUUUAGCGUCCUAUUUUCAUAUUAUGCUGCCGGAGGGAGGAUCUGAAAUACUUUAGCAAAAUGUAUGGAGAAAAUAAGGCAUCUAAUGUAUAUGUAUGUACGUAUUGAGGUAUACCCCGACCGUCCGUUAUCACGCCGCCCCGAACCACCAAGGAAAAAAAUCCUCCUUUUGUUCCUGCUGCAAAAAAAAAUUAAAAAGGAAAAAAGAUUAAUAUUCAAAAUACCAAACCAAACUUUAUACCACAAAUACAAAAUGCGACCCUGCCUAAUGUACACUAUAUUUGAAUGCUACUAAACAAAAUAGAGAGGCAUCAACCAAGCUACACACUUCACAAAAUAUCAGAAUUCUCUCACCUGAAUUUCGUGUAAUCUCACCAAACUUUCACAAAAAUCCCACCUCCUUGCUAUGCUUAUCACCACAGUUUAUCUCGCAAAAAAGCCGACCUACCUAAUGUCCCAAAUAAAUGGAUUUACCGUGCGCAAUAACAAUACGCCGGGCAAAACUAAGGCAGUCUGCACACGAGGCGUAUGGCGUUGUAAAAAUGACGGACGAAACGAUAAAAUUCGUGCAAUUAAUAGAAAAAUAUCCCCUCAUUUAUAAUAUCACGCUGAAGGAAUGCUCUCGAAAGGAUUUAACGGAAAAAGCUUGGUCAGAGAUUGCUGAAGUGAUGAAAUGGUCAGGGGCAGAAUGUAAGGAGAAAUGGAAGAAUAUACGGAAUGGAUUUGUCCGGAGUUUAAAACCGUCUCCCAGUGGUUCUUCGGCAAAAGCUAAGAAGCCCUACUAUUUUCGAGACAUAUUGGAGUUUGUUUUGCCGUAUGUUCGACCAGUCCAGCAUUUGGAACACACCGCAAACUUCGAAAUAAAGGAAUCUGAUGUGCACCACUACGAGGAAGUAGAAACAACUGAAGAUGUUGACCACGGCGAUAUUAAUGUAGUGGCUGAAAAACGCAAUCAUGCCUUUGCCACUCCUUUAUGUGUGGAAAACAACAAAAAAAGGAAGAGACUUGGAGAAGCAAAGGAUGAUGUUGAUUAAAAAGUUGAAAAUUUUGAUGAAAAAUUGCUGAAUUUUCGCGCGUUUUGCACAAAG